AUGGACACCAGCGGCCGGGUGCGCCGGGGCGUGACAGAUGACUCCAGGAACGAACUUGGAAGAAAACGGCCGCGACGUUCUCCAUCCACCUCGACCGCGCCUGAAGCAAGUGGGGAAGGAAAGUCUUUGGAGAUCAAAGGCUUGGAUGGAUCCACCUUUGAGCUUCAGGUUUGCGAUGAUGCAACCGUCGAAGAUGUCUACAAAUACACCUCUGCGAAAAUUGGUCUGGAAUCAGGCAGGAAAUUGUUGAUGACUUCGGGCUGCAUUAUGCUGGAUUAUUCCAGACCGCUGCUGCAGCAAGUGCAGGGUGGGGAAAUUAGUUUCAUUGUCCAAAGAAUCAGUUUGAAUGACUUCGCAAAACACUUUUGGAACGCAAUCCAAGCUGAAACCAAAGAAUGUCUGACUGCUGAAGAUGUAAUUACAAUACGUGCAGCUGCAGUUGUUUCAAUACACUUGGGUAAAUUCCCAGUUUCAAUACACUUGGGUAAAUUCGGAGAUGAUUUGGGCGGUCUGACAUUGCCAUGCAGCCUGCAGACUUUGACCUUUGGACAUGGGUUCAAUAAGAGUUUGGCAGGUUUCACAUUGCCAAGCAGUCUGCAGACCUUGACCUUUGGACAAUUCUUUGAUCAUAGUUUGGCAGGUGUCACAUUGCCAAGCAGCCUGCAGACCUUGACCUUUGGAGAGAGGUUCAGCCAGAGUUUGGCAGGUGUCACGUUGCCAAGCAGCCUGCACACCUUGACCUGUGGAGAGAGGUUCAACCAGAGCUUGGCAAAUGUCACAUUGCCAAGCAGCCUGCAGACUUUGACCUUUGGAGUUUGGUUUGAUCAGAGUUUGGCAGGUGUCACAUUCAAGCAUCUUGAGCUUUGGGGAUGGGUUUGA